AUGAUGUUUCAGUACAACGAGAAUGAGAUCAAACUUGAGUUCGAGCAGGCUGAAUGGGUAGAUUUGUCCGAGUACGCGCCGUCCUCCAUUUGGGAUGUGAUCGACGCGCCGGCGUCGCUGGUGAAUAAAAGGAGUCGCAUCGAGUUUCAAGUCAGGAUACGGCGUAAAACACUGUUCUACACUGUCGUCUUAAUCAUUCCCACUGUUAUGAUGGCAUUUCUGAGUAUGGCCGACUUCUUUCUGCCAGCUGACUCAGGUAAGUUGAUGAAGAGUGGAAAGAAGGAAGCACAACUUCCCAUGGGCUGGAUUCGAAAACUCAUAGUUUACGUCAAGGCCAAGGCUAUGUCUCUGUUAUUAUUCACUUUAGAAUUUUUCUGA